UCAUAUAUCUCAACCAAGAAAGAGUUAGAGAUGGAAGGCGAAAACAGCAACGACAUGUACAAAGAAUGCCUGAGGAACCAUGCAGCCAGCCUCGGCAGCUACGCCACCGACGGCUGCGGCGAGUUCACAUCACAACACACUUCCCUCAACUGCGGCGCGUGCGGCUGCCACCGCAACUUCCACCGCAAAGUCUCCGCGGAGAUGAUAGACUGCGGCGGAUCUGCGGGGAAGAAGCGGUUCCGGACCAAGUUCACGGAGGAGCAGAAGGAGAAGAUGAUGAGCUUCGCAGACAAGUUGGGAUGGAAACUGCAGAGGAAAGAGGAAGAAGACGAGAUCGAGAGGUUUUGCAGAGGAAUUGGGAUUACGAGGAAAGUCUUCAAAGUUUGGAUGCACAAUCAUAAAAACUCUCCCACUCUUUCUGCUUCAACUGGAAAUGCUUCUUCUCUCAGUGAUGAUCAUCAUCACUAGACAUAUAUAAUAAUAACCUUCUUUUCUAAUUCUUCUCUUGUAAUAACAUUUUUUUUAA